UGCUGAGGCUUGAGACAAACUCUGGGCUUGGGGACUGAGCUAGCAGAGCAGGGACCAUAAAAGCGACCUGAUGGGUUCUAGGAAAGCCUUCCUCUUCUCUCCUUCGCUCCUGUGGAGUCAAACUAGAGGAGUGAGGUUGAUGUUCCUGUUACUAACCCUGCAUUUGGGAAACUGUGUUGAUAAAGCGGAUGAUGAAGAUGAUGAAGAUUUAACCAUGAAUAAAACAUGGGUUUUGGCACCAAAAAUUCAUGAAGGAGAUAUCACACAAAUUCUCAAUUCAUUACUUCAAGGUUAUGAUAACAAACUUCGUCCAGACAUAGGAGUGAGGCCCACAGUAAUUGAAACUGAUGUUUAUGUAAACAGCAUUGGACCAGUUGACCCAAUAAACAUGGAGUAUACCAUAGAUAUAAUUUUUGCCCAAACCUGGUUUGACAGCCGCUUAAAGUUCAAUAGCACCAUGAAAGUGCUUAUGCUUAACAGCAACAUGGUGGGGAAAAUCUGGAUUCCUGACACAUUCUUCAGAAACUCAAGAAAAUCUGAUGCACAUUGGAUAACAACACCUAAUCGCCUGCUGCGUAUUUGGAGUGAUGGAAGAGUUCUAUACACUCUACGAUUAACAAUUAAUGCAGAGUGCUAUCUUCAACUUCAUAACUUUCCUAUGGAUGAACAUUCCUGUCCACUGGAAUUUUCAAGCUAUGGAUAUCCUAAAAAUGAAAUUGAGUACAAGUGGAAAAAGCCCUCUGUGGAAGUGGCUGAUCCUAAGUACUGGAGGUUAUACCAGUUUGCAUUUGUAGGAUUACGAAAUUCAACUGAAAUCUCUCACACAAUCUCUGGAGAUUAUAUUAUUAUGACAAUCUUCUUUGACCUGAGCAGGAGGAUGGGCUAUUUCACCAUCCAGACCUACAUCCCAUGCAUUCUAACAGUUGUUCUUUCUUGGGUUUCCUUUUGGAUCAAUAAAGAUGCAGUACCAGCCAGAACAUCACUGGGUAUCACUACAGUCUUGACUAUGACAACCCUCAGUACAAUUGCCAGGAAAUCUUUACCUAAGGUUUCUUACGUGACAGCAAUGGAUCUUUUUGUCUCUGUUUGUUUUAUUUUUGUGUUUGCAGCACUGAUGGAAUAUGGAACCUUGCAUUAUUUUACCAGCAAUAAUAAAGGAAAAACCACCAGAGACAGGAAGCAUAAAAACAGAACUUCGGUAUCCCCAGCUCUCCAUGCUGGAUCCACUCUGAUUCCCAUGAAUAACAUUUCUCUGCCUCAAGGAGAAGAUGAUUAUGGUUACCAAUGUUUGGAGGGCAAAGAUUGUGCUAGCUUUUUCUGCUGCUUCGAAGACUGCAGGACAGGGUCCUGGAGGGAAGGACGGAUACACAUACGCAUAGCCAAAAUCGAUUCCUACUCGAGAAUCUUUUUCCCGACAGCUUUUGCCUUGUUCAAUCUGGUUUAUUGGGUUGCAUACCUUUACUUGUAAAUUCCACUAAUAGAUAAAAAUCAUAAAUGUAUGGCUUAGACCAAUAGACUCAGUUAUAUUCUAGUAACAUGAAGUUUAAAUUUAAAAUAAAAGAGUCUAUUGGUAAAAAUCUGAAUCAUACUGUUAUAAGACUAGGGCUUUCAUACAUGAGUAAGGCAGAAAUAUUCAGGUUAAUUUAUCUAAAUGGACAUGAAAACUGAUUGUCAAGUAUAACACACUGAAAUUAUAAUGUAUAUUUUUACUUUACUUUUCUUUAUUUUGCUUGUAUUUUAUUAAUAUUGGAACUUAAUACUUCUGUGAGACAUAUUUUGAAUAUGAAAUAAUUUUAAUACAUAUUUUAUUUAAAUAUAACUAUUGCUUAUAAUGAAAGAUUAAUGCCUAGUAUUAAAGUACUCUUUGCCUAGAUUAGUCAUUAAUUUGAUUUUAUUUCUUGUUUUUACUUGCCCUGUUUGGGAUAUAGAUUGUUUAAAACAAAGCCAUGAUUUUCUUGGAUUUAUUUCCAUGAUACAUUACUCUUGAGAAGAAAAUAAUAUGUGUAUUAAUGCCUUUUUAAAUAAUUUCCCUUUGUGAGCUGUUAAUUUGUAAUUGUACAUGUUUAUGGAUUUACAGAAUAAACAGUGCUGUUGUGUCUUA